CUCUGGAGCCCUGAGCUGUGGUGUGUGGAGCUGGCUGAGCUGUGAAGACUUCUGAAAGCUUCUGCCACCAGCAGCGGAGCACCUACAUCCUGAACUGAAUUUGAGAGUUACCCGCUGAAAAGGAGUGGAAACUUCAUUAACUACAACCAGAGAAACAUGGAUUCAGACACACUGCAGGUCUUCCAGAGUGAACUCACCUGCUCCAUCUGCAUGAACUGCUUCCUGGACCCCGUCACCAUAGACUGUGGGCACAGCUUCUGCCGUCCCUGUCUCAGCCUUUGCUGGGAAGAAGGCCAGACUCCAAGGAGGUGCCCAGAGUGCAGGGGAAUAUCAGAGAGGCCCGAUUUCAAAACCAACAUUGCCCUCAAGAGGCUGGCUUCCCUUGCCAGACAAGCCAGAGCUGACCACGACCACAGCUCUGAGGAGCAGAUCUGUGUGACACACCAGGAAGCCAAAGGCCUCUUCUGUGAGGUUGACCAGACCCUGCUCUGUGGGCCCUGCUCUGAACGCCCCGAGCACGCAGCUCACAGCCACAGUCCAAUACACAGGGCUGCUGAGGAGUCCCGGGAGAAACUCCUGAAGAGAAUGAGUUCUUUAUGGAAAAUGAGAGAAGAAAUCCAAAUCAGUCUGAAUGAGGAAGCUAACACAACUCAGUCCUUUGAGGGCUUGGAAAAUGUGCUGGAAACGACUCAUCUGGCACAGAUACAGAAGCCUCAGCCCGUGAACCCAGAGCUCCCUUCCUGGCCUGUUUCUGGAUUCCUACACAUGCUGAAUAACUUCAGAGUGGAUAAUGUUCUGAGUCUGACAACGAUCAUUCACCAUGCGAUCCUCGAUGAUGGAAGUGCGCUGUUUGAGGAUGACCACCCUGACGUGUCCAGACAGCCCCAGGGCGGGUCGUGUGUUGUGUCCUGGGGGGCUUGGGGCUUCACCUCCGGGAGGCAUUACUGGGAGCUGGAUGUGGCCCAGUCUUCCAGCUGGGUUCUGGGGGUCUGUAAAAGCAUCUUCACAAGCGAUACCAGUAUCAGUGUUGGUGUUGAAGAAGCAUUAUUUCUGUGUUCUACAAAGGUGAACAGUCAGUAUAUUCUGUCCACCACCUCCCCACCCUUAGUUCAGUUUGUGAAAAGGCCUCUGGGUAGAAUUGGAGUGUUUUUGGAUUAUGAUAAUGGAACUGUGAGCUUCUAUGAUGUUUUCAGAAGUUCCCUCAUAUAUAGUUUCCUUCCUUCUGCCUUCUCCUCCCCUAUGAUACCUUUCCUUUGCCUUAAAUCUCCAUGAAUGUCCAUUUUUUGGACCAUUAUUGGGGCUUCUUUUCUGGGGAUAUUGCUGCCCUUCACUUCAUGGGAGGCCACAGGAUACCUGACUGUGUCCAGCAUCAAUUGUUAUUUAAUGUAACAUGGUGAUUGUAUGUUUAUAAAAUGUCAUAAACAUGUUGUAUGCAUAAAUCUGUUAAUUAAAUUUUAAUAAACAUUUAUUAUGGAG